CACCUAUACUCGAUGAAGAAGCUUCCACGACAGUGACGCCAGAUAAAGUAAACGGCUCUGUAUUUCGAUUCCCUUGUUCAUGUGUUCGGGGGCAAUGCGGGUGCUGUACGGGAACUAUUAUGGAAAGAUUUAGGAUGAAGACAUGUGGCAAUAUAAGCUUUGUACCUGAAGAUUUUGUAUUUGAUGUCAGAAUGAGUGUUAAUAAUCGGACUGUCCUUCGGCGAAGAGUUUCAGCUGACAACCCACCCCCAAUUUGCUUCAAUCCUGGUAGAGCACCUUUCGUCCGUAUCUGCGCAGAAAUCUCAAAUAUUAGGAUCCGUAAUAACAACGCGUUCGCUUGUUUGGAUAUCACUGCGGAUAUUGCUGGGUUUCAAAUAUAUUCCGCUUCCUUUAGAUGUUUCGGAUUAGGUACAAAAGGCCUUCAAACUGGAUUAAAUCCAAAGCCAGUAUCAUCAGGUCCCGCUCCCGUAAGCCUUUUUGGUAAUAAUGAUGACGACGACGACCGCGAUGGCUUCCUCUCCAAUGUUGCUGGGGGCAUCUUUGGCGGAGGGGAUGAAGGGGGUCUAUUUGGUGGGGGUGGGGGUGGAGGAAUCUUUGGAGGUGGUUCUGAUAACGAUGAUGACGAUGGAGGACCGCUGGAUGAUAUAGGAGAUGCCGUUGGAGAUUUAUUUGAUGGAAGAGUUCAAAUAUGCAGGCGAAUUGAAGCGUGGAUUAUUACUUCGCGAACCGCCCGCGCCGCCUCGCGUCGAAAGCUUUCUGCCAUGGAGAACCUCAUUGUGUGUUUAGUGUCAAUUGCUUUGUUUCUAUCACCAGCCUACGGAAACGUUACAGUCGAAGAAAAAACAAACCUAACACGAACUGCUCUACAUUUCCAAGAUUUGAAAGACUUGGAAGUUCCCGAUAGUGCCUUGAUAUUCUUAGAACGAUUAAAAUCUAAAAGCAUGAAAGAAUUAUCGUUACGAGCUCGGCAGAGUCCAGAAGUCCAAAACGCAACAUCUACAUCAGAAGAAGAAGAUGAUGAACCCUCAAGGAGAUGCACAUGUUCAUUUGGCGUGUGCAAGUGUUGUACGGGAUUAGUGUUGGAUUUGUUUAACCAGAAAGCUUGUAUGAAGAUCACUUAUCAUCCUGGGGAUUUCGCUUUCGAUGUAGCCAUGUCUAUGAAUGACAGGGUACUUUAUGAAAACUCUAUGUCAGGAAAAAACCCGAAACCGAUAUGUAUAAAUCCACCAAGACUUAGAAACUUGAAAGUAUGCGCCAAAUUUUACAAUGUAUUUUUCCCUGGAAGAAACUUUCACUUUUGCCUGGCAAUGACGGGCCAAUGGCGGCAGCUUGAACUCUUCAACAUGGCAUUUGAUUGUUUAAGGAUGGGCGCAAACGGCCUGGCGAUGGUAAAGCCGGAGGAAAAUGGGGGGCUCGUGAUACCCAACCCUGGAGGGGGAGUGGAUGCUGUCGUCGAUUCUGGCGACGAUGACAUUGAAGAGUACGACGAGAACAAUGUCAAGUCACUGUUUGAUUUCUUUGAUGAUGACGAUCGAAAAUAGUUACUUAUUGGUAAUCAU